GGCUCCCCCCCCCCGGGCGAGCGCGGCCGCCGCGUCCCUUUCUGCUCCGCCCGGAGCCAACUCCCGGCAGCGGGCGAAGGAACCCGCGGGUCGGAGGGCACCGGAGGCAGGCGCCAAUGUUUUGGGAAAAUACAUGGAAAAGUGUAUGUAAUACAACAGCUUGGAAGCUGGAAACAGAAGUAGUGGGAAAAUAAGAAACAAAAUGAAACCUUUCCAAAGUGUCUGUCUUCUCAAGAGCCUGCUUGCCAAUUGCUACUGUCACGGUCAACUUCACAGCUGUCUUCUCCAUCCUGUUGCAAAGAAGAUAGGUUGUGUGGUGGGACUGCACAACUCUGGAAUUUGGAGGCCAAAAUCUUUACUGGACACAGCUAGAUUCACUCUGUCUUUUAACAGUUGGCAUAGAAAAAAACAUCAGGAUAUUCAAGCACUGUGGAAGCAUGAGACUGUGCAGAAGUAUCUGGAGACUCUGAGCAAGGAAUACCAGCAGGUUAGUCAUCUGUUAAAUGCUGAUGCAAUAAACAACUUUGAGCAAAAUACCCUGAGGAGAAGAUGGGCUGAUCUGUCCCCCAUUGCAGCUGCAUUUCAAGAAGUCAGAGAGGCUGAAAGAGAAGUUCAGGAGUUAGAAGCUAUGUGCAGAGAACUAGGCAGCAGAGAUGAGAAACAACUUCUAGAGCUUGCCUUAGAAGAGAAGGAAGGCCUGGAUAAAAAAAUCAACAUGUUGUGCAGAAAGCUUUUCCAGCUUCUACUGCCAAAAGAAAAAUAUGAUAGAAGUCAUGUCAUAUUAGAAGUGACAGCUGGCAGAACAACUGGAGGAGACAUCUGCCAGCAGUUCACAAAGGAAAUGUUUGAGAUGUACCAGAACUAUGCAGACUAUAAACGCUGGACCUUUGACAUUGUGAACUAUAUGCCAGCUGAGAUAGGUGGGUUGCAUCAUGCCGCUGCUCAUAUUUCGGGAGAUGAUGCCUACAGGCAUCUGAAAUAUGAAGGAGGGACUCAUCGAGUCCAGCGAAUCCCUGAGACGGGCCUGUCAUCCAGAAUGCAGCGUAUUCACACUGGGACAAUGUCAGUUAUUGUCCUCCCUCAGCCAGAGGAGGUUGAUGUUAAAGUGGAUCCCAAAGAUUUGCGUAUAGAUACGUUCAGGGCCAAAGGAGCAGGAGGGCAACAUGUUAACAAAACUGAUAGUGCUGUGAGAAUUGUACACCUCCCCACAGGACUAACAGUUGAGUGCCAGCAGGAGCGAUCACAGCAGAUGAACAAGGAAAUCGCUCUGCGGACACUGAGAGCAAAGCUGUACCAGCAGGUCACUGAGAAACAGCUAAGUCAAGAGCAGAGUGCCAGAAAACUGCAGUUGGGAACAAGAGCCCAGUCAGAGAGAAUCCGUACUUAUAACUUCACCCAGGACAGAGUCACUGACCACAGGAUCUCCUAUGAUGCACGUAAUAUCAAGGAAAUUCUAAGUGGGAAAGAAGCACUGGAUAAGCUAAUCAGCAAACUCCUGGAGUUCGCAGAGAUGGAGGCCGUCACCGAAUAUCUAGAAAAUUUGCAGGUUUCAGAAGGAGGAGGCUGCUGAAGGCCUGGUGUAGAGUUAAAGCAGAAAUGUUGUGUUCGGUAGCAAAAUAAAACAGAUGCAUUUGUUAGACUGAUUAAAACCUAUGCCUCUGUUUUUCA